AUGAUUGCAUUAAACAAGAAUAAGAAGGAUGUUGAAAACGAGCAACAUCCAGGGACAAAGCUCUCUUCUUUGCCUAAAACAGCUGCCUAUUCCGUAUCGGAAUCCUUCAAGUUAUACUUUGGUGGGAAACCAAUGAAGUAUUACGAGGAUCAAUUACUGUCAAAUCUUGAAUUCUACAAUAAACCAGCGAAAGAUCGCAGGUCCGAAAUAAUAGAUACUUCAAUAGACAAGGAUGGCAAUUUUAUUCAUGAAUUUUACGUUGAAAAUACGUUACCACCUACAAAAGGCGGGGAACCUAUUGAGAUUGUCCUUAUACAUGGUUAUGGUGCAGCUCUGGGGUUCUUUUAUCGGAAUUUUGAGGGCCUUACGAGUAUUCCAGGAACAAAGCUGCAUGCAAUUGAUCUCCUAGGCUUUGGCUUGUCGAGUAGACCUACAUUUCCGAACAUUAAUGGUGAUACGAUUGAAGGCGUUAAAAAAGCCGAAGCCUUUUUUAACGAUUCAUUGGAAAAAUGGAGAAUAGCACGAGGAAUUGAGGGGAAAUAUGUUUUAAUGGCCCACUCAUUGGGCGGCUACUUGAUUGGUCCGUAUUAUCUCAAAUAUGGAAAGGGACAUAUCAGUAAGAUGGUGAUGAUUUCUCCUGUUGGUGUCGAACGGAGUGAUGCAUCAUUGAUUAAUUUGGACGGAACUAUUCAGCAAAAGGAAAGAAAGAGUUUGGAUGAAGAUUAUAAAAUUGCAAAGGAACAGGGUGUAAAUUUAUCAAGAGAGAUAAGUAGAGUCAGUUAUGCUGAUGACGAGGAAGCUGAGGAACAACCAUCCAUAAUUGAUAGCCUUAAACAUAUUGAUACAAAUAGGGAUGAAUGGGAUAAACUUUCAGUUGCAUCAGAUGCCCAGGAGAAUGAAAUACAAAAUCUCAUGAAGCAAUUUAGAGGCAGGGUUCAACCAGGAAAGUUCUUUGCAAGUCUCUGGAAGAAGAAUUUUUCACCAUUACAAAUUGUUCGUAUGAUGGGACCAUUUGCACCAAAAUUAACCGCAGGAUGGACAUGGAACAGAUUUAGGGAGAUUAAGAAUGAGGACGAAAUAAGACAAAUCAACAACUAUACUUCAAAAAUAUUCUUGGCCAAGGGAUCUGGUGAAUAUGCUCUAACCAGGAUUCUUGCGCCCGGCGCACUUGCAAAACUGCCAUUAAUGGACAGACUUCCCGGAAACCUUGAGAUCGACACAUUAUGGCUGUAUGGCCAGUAUGAUUGGAUGUCCAAGAAAGAUGGGUAUAAAAUUUGUAAUGAAAUCAAUCAUUACAAUUUAAACAAACCGCAGGGUCACGCUAGAUUUAGAGUGAUCAGUAAUGCAGGCCAUCAUGUUUAUGUCGACAAUCCCGGUGAUUUCGAGUAUCAGGUCGUGAAAUUUUUAAAAGGAGAAUGA